UGAGCGAAUCUUCCUGAGAUUUAAAAGCAAAGUCGUUGAAGUUUGUCGGUUUUAAAACAUAGAAGAAACCACGUUUGCAAGUAGAGAUCAUCUCUUAACAAAGAUAAAGCAUAGAUGGGUGCAGCGAGGUCAGCACUGAGACGAAGUCUGCGUGGCCCAGGGCAGACGCAAAGGCAGAUUGAUAAAGUUUUGGAUGGCCAACCUUCACUGGCACCAAAACAUGAAACUACAAAAGACCUGCUUGAUAGUGCAAAACAAGAAAACCAAGCCAAAUUUGAUUUACAUAACAAGAGAAGUGAAGAAUAUCUACAGCUCUUGAAACAAAUCCGAGUGGACUCUGUUGACGUUCCUGACAAGAACAACCCUCAGCCCGAAGAUGAAUCCUUGUCUCCAACGACAGCUACAACAAGGCUUAGCACUGAAGAAUUGACAUUGUUGUUUCAACAGCGAAUGAAAACCCCAGAUGAAUGGACAGCAGAGAAAAUUGCAUCACAUUUUAAACUGUCCACGAAUUCAGUUGAGAACUUGUUGAAAUACUACAGUGAUUUUAAUGUUCAUGUUGCCCCGAAAAUUCCGGAGCCUUUGGAAGAGAUUACACAUUGAAUAUUAGCCGUUUAAAGAUUAUUGUAUGCUGGUAUAAAAUAGUAUAUAUAUUUUAUCAGUUCUAAACUAGUUCUUCUUCCUAGAGGUCCAG